ACCUACCUACCUAAAUACAUACAUCCCACAACACAGCAAACAUGAGCAUCAAAGCCCUCCUCCUCGCCGUCUUCACCUCCACCGCCAUGGUCUCCGCCGCCGCCAUCAUCAGGCGCGGUGAUGAAGCCUGCAUCCCCACAUCCUACACCCUCACAUCCUACACCCUGACGACAUCCCCAAACGCUGCCAGCGUCGACUUUGAAUUCCAGGCCAACUUUCCCGACUCCGUCUCCACCGACCAAGUCCAGGACGGCGCCCGCUGCACCGCUUCUGGUCCUUCGAUUCCCAACAACAACGAAUGCCAAGUCCCCAGCCGUGCUUUGCUAUUCGAUCUCCGUGGCCCCCAAGAGCAGGCGUACUACCAGAUUACGCACACAUGGUCGUGCAACGGAGGCACCUGGCUCUCUGGCAACGCAGUCAAGGUCACGCCAUUGGACUGCCACGACCAAGGCAAUGCGCGCGUCUGCACCGGCGCUCCUCUGACGCUUGCACCCCAGAAUGUCCGCAAGAUUUGCGCCACGCCCACGUGCUAGCUUCAAUCCCUAACUGAAAUGCCUGCAUGGGUUCUUGACGGGAACAGUGCAAGCACUCUUCACCUGUAUUUGAAAUGACGUCAAAGUAAUGUUCAGACAUGUGUAUGUGUAUGAGGAAGUAUCAAGUUUAAUCAUGGGGAGGUAAUACAAAAGUUAAAAGUGCUUUUGAAUGUAAUUCUAUCUUGUACAUUUUAUGCUUUGAAAACAGUCAACUACGUGCAUUGCU